AUGCACAGAUCUGACGUUGCCUCUACGCUCGCUGUAAUGCAAAUCAAUCCCUUCAUCUUCAGCAACACCUCGAAUAUGGGCUCUGACUUAUUCAUGCCCGCUUGUCGUGGGGGCCUGCAGCAAUGCACCAAUGUGGCCAUAGUGCUGCAGAAUCUUGCACUUGCCGGCGGUCCAGUCAUGGUCUUCUGGCGAUUUGGCCGGGAGCCGCCACGCGCUGGCGAGUACAGCGGCAGCCGAUGGCCUAACGCAAACAUCCUUGGUCAACAUGCUGGCCACGAGUUGAAGUCAGGUAACAACAUCAGCAUUGCCAUCCACCCUGUAGACGCAUGGCUGCAGAAGAACCAUCGAAGUAUCAAAGGCAUCCAGCGACGCGUUCCAGCCCUGGCGAUUUCUGAGAGGCGAUGCGUUUGGGCGCCGACCAAAGUUGCAAAGGCCAGCCAGGUUUUACUUCAGGAGGCCCACCGCAGGUACCAGCGCCAGGCUCCGCGACCAUUGGCAGCCAGCUUUCAGCUAGUGCCGGGCUUCUUUCGCAACGCAGAUGAUUCCCAUGCUGCAGUGUUGCGCAGUCUCCUGCCGGGCGUCUCUGGCGUCUGCCUUGUUGAUGCACCCGAGGCCCCGAAGUUGCUACAAGCGUAUUCCAAAUCCUGUCCGGAUGAGUUGGGAUUGGUGGUGUUGGGCCACGAGUGCCCGGAUCCUGCCUCCUGCCAGGGUGAUUGCGGUGUGCCAGCCACUACUAGCACUGGCGAACAGGUCAUCUUGCAUGCUUGUUGGCACAAUCUUGGCCAGCGUGACCUGCACAUUCAGUGUGAGCAUGACGUCACCAUGGCGCCCCCAGAAGCCGUCUGCAUUUGCUUUACCGUCUUCAGGGAUGAACAUCCAGCUGCAGAAUGGCUGAGCCUCACCAGGAACCCAGUUCGUGCCAUCCUGGACAAGCUGCGCAAUAGCGGGGCUGAUGUUUCUCUGGAGGCCCCGUGGGGCCGCAGCUUUAGAUUGGCCAGCAAAACUGCUACACCGGCAGACUGUGAUUCGGUCCAAUUUCAUGGCCGUCUUCCUCGAAGUGAAUUGCUGCCGGUGCUCAGAAAGUCAGGUCACAACUUGGUGUACGCCACGCCCAAAUCCUGGCGCCAUGAAGUGAUGUCGGGCUUCUCUGUCCUAUGGACUACAGGGGGGCGAGAUGAAGCCAUUGCGCAAAGCUUGCAACUUAAGGACCAGCUCGGCAUCGUUCGGUCUCGGCAGCGUUACGGCAUUCGCCUGGAGGAAUCCUCCUUCCAGGCCGCAUGGUCGCAGCUCAAACCUGGCAUUGACGCUCCCCCCAAGGUGGUGGUGAACUCACUGUACAAGCUCCUGUCGGUGCCCCCAGAUGUCAGAGCACAGGACCUUCAAACUUGGGCCGCUCAUCUCAAAUGGAAGGUACGCCCGCUCCGCUCUCUAGGGCCCCGUGAGUGGUUGGUUGGAGCUGAUGGGCCCCCGCCGCCUGGACUUUACAGCAUCAACCGCCAAGCCAUCUUGAUCCAAAAGGUUGAAGGCCGCCAGGACGCACGCCCAAUUGUUCGAGCCGGGCGCUUGCCCCGCACAAGGGAGACCUCCGCGGAGCUCUCAGGGGAUGUCGACCCGUUGCAGGCCAAUGACCCAUGGAAGCAAUACCUCAAGACUACCGGCUCCGCUGUGCCAGCGGCUGCUCCAGCGGCUUUGCCAGCCCCACGGGCACCGCCUGCGCCCACGCAGCACAAGUUCGACCAGCAGGACGAGCGCCUUCAGAAGCUUGAAGCAGGUCUGGCGGAGGUCCAACGAGGUCAUCAGGCCAUGGCGCAACAGGUUGCAAGCACUCAGGCGCAGGUAGAAGGCCAGGUGAAACAGGUGCGUGCGGAGCUGGGCUCUUUUGCCCAAGAUUUUGCCAAUCAGUUGCAGGUGAAUGCGGAAGCCCAGCAGCAGGCCCAGGCUCAGCAGCAACUCCAACUCCAGCUUGGACUUCAGGAAAUCAAGAAUCUCCUGUUAGCCCCGACAAAUCGUGGCAAUCCGGGACCUGGCGCCACCAAGCGCCCUGCAGAUCAGAAUGGUGAGGGCCUCCCUCCCAUGGUGAUAGUGGUUUACGGCACGCCCAGAUGUCUGCCGGAUGCGGCCCAACACAACAACCGUCUCCUGGCAUGGGCCUUUCAGAGAGCCAAGAUUUCCUGUGGGCCUGCUCUUGUGGGGGGCGACUUCAACACGCUCCCGCAAGACCUUCCUGCCUGGGAAAGCUUUGCGCAACAGGGCUGGGUUGAGCUAGGGGAAUUUGCUGCGGCGGCUUAUAACUUGGAGCUUCCUUGCACGUGCAAAGGCGCCACAAGGUUUGACACGUUUCUUCUGCCGCCCAGCUUGUUUCAGUUCUUCCACAGUGCGGAUGUGCUUCAGGAUGCCCACCUCUUCGACAGCCAUGCGCCAAUGCGCCUUCGACUCAGCAUCCCCGGGGCGACGGUGCCCCGCUGGAUCUGGCCUUCCCCGAAGGAUUUUGCCACCCUCCUCACUUCCACUGCCGAUCUGGGGCAUCACUACAACCAGCAGUCGGAGGCUACUGCUUCUGUUUUCGAACCUGCUGUCCCAGAAAGUAAGCCUGGGGAUAAAAUUCGCCUUUGGUCUGCCACGGUGGAGGCAGCUGUCCAUGCCAACAUCAAGGAGCAGCAUGCCAAAGCUCCCCAGGUACAAACCCACAAAGGCCUGCCGCGGGCUUAUCGCGGCCGCUGCCGGGAGGUUGAGCGCAAACAGGCAUGCCCUCCACGCCUACCGCGAGCGGGCCGUGCAGGGGACCCGGAGCCCUACGACGAAGAUACAACCAUUGUGGGUCGCCAGCGGCUUCGACAGCUGCGCCGCCUUGUCACUUUCCGCCAGGGCCUUGCCAAAUUCCUGGCAGGCAAUUACAACGCUCGGGCUCCGCGGAAUCAGGCUGGCACACCCUUGUCUCUGUACCAGGAAUGGCGCGCCAUCGCUAGUGCCACUGGGUAUGGGCGCUCUUUCCCCCUGUGGCUCCUCCAGUGGCCUUGUUUUACCUUCUGGCCCCAGGGCCUCCCAGAGAUGGCCUAUCUAGACGAUUUGGUGAGCUUUGUCAGGUUCGAUGUGGCUGCCGUCAACCGGCAGAAUGCCAAAGUAAAAGCUGACCUCUUUCGCUUCAAACUGCAGGUGGAUGAAACGGACUACAGUUGUGCCAAGGCCUUUGCCUGUGUGCGUCCGCCCAGCAAGCCCCCUUUUCAGUGCGUGCAGCUGGUCUCUGAUCAGGAUGCUGUGACGGUGCAGCUGCAUAACCACCAGCUGCGUACCUUUCGGGUUCGGGAUGCCAGCAAAUUCGACGUGCUUUGUCAUGUGAGCUUCAUGUCAGUGCCGGGCCAGGUCACCGCCAAAGCGGCCGAUGAAAUCACUGUCCUGUUUCCACACGAUGACGAUGCUGUGCUCCCCCUCCACGGUAGCCUGAACCGUUCCCGCCAGGACUGUAGUUGGCAGGGCAUCAUCGGUGCUCUCAUGGAUUAUUGGCAUCCGAUCUGGCACCGCGACUCACAUGCCGAGCAGGCCGACAUUUCCGAAUGGCCACAAUUUCAGGCCUUGCUUCACCGCCUUGAGAGCCCGUGCGCUGCAUUCCAGGUGGACAUGCAGGAUCCAAACGCCUGGCUACACGUGCUCCGGCGCUUAUCUCCCCACAAAGCCAAAGGCAUUUGCGGAUGGAGUAAUGCUGAUCUGCGGGUUCUUCCGGCCGCUGCGGUUAAGGAUUUGGCUAAAAUUAUGCAUUGCCCGGGAAAGGCCUGCCUUCCUGACGACCUCCUGCGCAGUCGCGUGGCCGUUCUUAGCAAAGUAGAUGUCCCCACGUGUGCUUCACAGGUCAUCAAAGUUUGGAGUCAACAGCUCCCCCCGGGCGUGGCUGGUCUGUCAUUGGACCUCCGGAAAGCUUUCAAUUUCUUGCCACGAGUUCAGCGCCACUUUGAGGUUCAUUCUAGCUUAGGCCCCGGUUUGCCCGCUACCACGGGUGCCCCUGAGGGAGAUCCGGUCUCCGUGCUGGCCAUGCUGGGAAUCUGCUUCAUGUUUGUGGCCUUGUUGCAAAACCUGGUGCAAGCCCGCACUUAUAUGGACAAUUGGACUUGGUCGGCCGACCAACCGGAUUGCCAUGGCCCGGCCCUGCUUAUCCUUCAGGAUCUCACUUCAGCCUUGAAGUUGGAGAUUGACUGGAAGAAAACGUAUGUCUGGGGCACUGAGACCAUUUCACAACGGUGGUGGCGCCAAAUUGGGCCCGCCUUCUUGCCUCCUGAGGUGUCUUUGCCGGUGGUUACUCACGUCAGGGAGCUCGGGGCCUUUCUUCAGUUCAGCAGACGACCGCACCGGAAGGGAUUUGCAGACCGGGUGGAGGACGCUGUUGAGCGCAUGGCCAAGCUAGCCAAAGGUCCGCAGUCCCAUCGCGCCAAGGCAAGGGUCUUGCAAAGUGGCAUUUGGCCCUUCUUGUUCUUCGGCUCCGAGGGCCUGUGCCCGGGAGCAACCAUGGUCCAAAACCUGCGUGGGCAUGCCGCCCGAGCGGUAGUAGGGCACCACCAUACCAUGUCACCAUUUGCCGCUCUCUACCUUGCACCCCACGUGCAGGAUCCCGAGGUUUACCUCAUGUGCCACCACCUGCGGCAGUUGCGCAGGUGUGCUGACCUGUUUCCAGAAAUCGCUCGGACCAUAUGGCACCGAUUGGUUUUCAAUUCAGUGAGCCAGCGCGGCAUAUGUGGACCGGCCGGUGCACUUCACGUCCUCUUGACGAGGAACGGCUGGGUGCCUAAAGCGGAUGGCUGGUGUAAGGGUCCCCUUAAUUGCAUCUUCCACAUGUUCCGCUCCAACAUCCGCACUAUCACGCGGAUGGUGCAGCUGGCUUGGGCAGAUACGGUCCAAGACCAAGUCCAGCAUAGAGUGGGCCUCAGAAAUGCACCAGUGCCCUUGGCUGCCGUUAACCAUCAGGUUCUAGGUAAGUUUCGUCCGUGGGAGCAAAAGAUCCUCUUGAGGCACUUUGCGGGAGGUUACAUGUCCGGAACUGAAAAGCAAACCUGGUCCAGAACCGAUUGUGCAAGCUGCCCCCUCUGCGGACAGGAGGAUACCAAGGCCCACCGCAUCUUUCACUGCCCAGCUCUCGCAGCAGCACGCAAUGAGCAUUGUGAGGUCCUACAGCAAGUCCAGCAGCAAUGCCCUUACUGGACGCAUAUGACCUACGCCUCGCUACCGGACCAAUGCGCAUUGCUGCACCUGCUGCUGCAGCCGCUCAAACUGCCGGCACUGGCACCUGCCCCUGCUGACGACCAGACGUUGUACCUCUUCACCGACGGGAGUGCUCAACAUAGCAAGCUUCCACUGGCAAGGGUGGCUACCUGGGCCGUCAUCCUGGCUGCCCCUCACCUGCAGGGCCCCAUUGCCCGCCGUGAGGCGGGGGCUCGGGAAUUGGGCUUUCGUGUCUUGGCACAAGGUUGCGUGCCUGGCGAGCAAACCGUACCACGAGCGGAACUCUGUGCGCUCAUUUGGGCCACACGCUGGGCUGACCAAAGUGGCUGCACGGCCAAUGUCUACUCUGACUGUCAACCAGCUAUCGAUGCUUGGGAGCUGUGGCACAAAGAGGGACUUUCCGCGGUUCAGCAGAAGACCUUCUCAGACCUCUUCGGCGACUGGACGCCGCCUGGCCCUUGCUCCGUCCACAAGGUGAAGGCCCAUCAAACAGAAGCAGACUGGCAGGUUGCAGAUCAAUACCAGCGAUGGCUGGCGGCGGGAAAUGAUGCCGCAGACGCGGCCGCCAAGCAGGCCUAUGAAGACCUGCCAGAGGUGCUUCGCGACACUGCGGAUCAGGUUGCAGGUCACUGUGCAACACAAGCUGCCUUUUUACAGAGUUUUUGCCGCGCUUUGCUGGAUGUAGGGGUGUUGGACAUCAAGCUUCGAGAUUCCGUACGGCGUCACCAAUCACAGACCGCGGCUAGCGCUUCUGACAACAUAGAUGCCUACAUGCAGUGUUUUGGUAGCUGGCGGAUUUCCAACGGAAUCUGUCAGCUCCCAGAGCACAUUGAGGCCAAUUGGCAUGGCUGGCAAUUUGGCGAGGCAUUUGGCAAUGGGCUACUGGAUUGGAUUGGGCUCCUGGAGUGGCCGUGCCAGCCGGUGCCACCUCACCAAGCGGCGCAGGUCUCUUAUCUGGAGUUAGCAUUUCACUUCACCUGGACAACUGGGAUGGCCCCACCGAUGCCCUCACCGGCCGGCAACGGACAGGGAUAUUGUACCUUGAGUUAUGCCUUGGAGCAGUUACAACCGUGCCCGAUCAAAACCUUGGUGACGGUAUUUGCGGCCGCCCUUAAACAGCUGGGUCGAAGAUACAAUUUCUGUGUGCUGCCUGGCGUUGAGGAGAAGAACAUUCCUCAUCUGCAAUGGUUUGGCAUUCCUGCCCCCUCGCCGGGUGUGUCGUUGCGACCGACUUUACCAGGCGACUGGCACAAGGAUUUCCGAUGGAUGUGCGAGGGAGAUGUGGCGAAUAGGUUAGCUUCUUUCUGCGCUGCCUAA